AUGUCACAUUACAGUCCACAUCCAUCAUCUUCAUUUGAAGGAUACUAUCAGCGAUUCCGACUACCGUCCGGUGCUUCGAUCUGCCUGAUCGUGUCGGCUGUAUUUGGGGUCGAAAAUCGUCCGUACAUGAUCUCAUUUACACAUGUCACAUCAGAUGGAAAGACUGUUUGGCAAAAGGAGUAUUGGUCUAAGAAAUGGGAAACGAACAUACAGCAAGGAGACGACUAUACAUUAGAAUGGGACGACGGUGGUUUCGGAUUUGAAGAUGGAAAAGUAUAUUGGAAAAUGCAAACUAAAGAAGUAGAAUUCGAGGCUCACCAAGUUUCCCGAGCGGUUCCAUGGCAGCCUCAAGACCCAAGUUCCACUCCAGCUGGAUUUAUGGCUCGGUUCCCUCUUCCUAUUCAAUGGCACGUCCAUACGGUAGAUGCGGAAGUACCUUUCUCACUGAAGCUCUCAGAGGUUGACCUCGCGAAAGGCGACGAGGAAGGUAUAGCUCAAGCGCAUGUGGAGAAGAACUGGGCAGUAUCGUUUCCAAAUUCAUAUGUAUGGAUGCAAGCUAGAAAGAACAAUAAAGGUCUUUCACUUGCAGGUGGUAGUCUACUACCUGGAAUUCAAGCUUACCUCGUUGGUUAUCAAGGUGAUUCAUUCGUUUCUUUCAAGCCACCUACAUCGACAUCUAUUUUUGGUCUCUCAUUAGGUCUGUAUAGUGAGGUCAUAUCAUCCAAGGGAGUGAUCAUCAUCGAUAUCCUCGGCUGGUUCAAACGACUUCGGAUUUCUGGAAAAUGUGAUCCAUCAACGUAUUUCAGCUUCGCCGCUCCGCUUUCUACAGGUCAUGAACCAGAUUAUACCGUUCAGAGUUAUGCUUCCGAUAUUACGGUUGAAGUGUACGAACGCAGUUGGCCAUGGCAAUCUUGGACUUGCAUAGAGAAGGAAGCAUUCACAGGAGGUGGAAUGGAAUUCGGAGGAGACGCUUAUGAAAGACAUGAAGAUUAA